GCCCGUUAUGCUGACCGCAGUUAGUGAUAUACUCAACGGCGAUUCGAAGCUCUCGGCAGUUGGUUUGCGGACUCUGGAGAUGGCUGACUCUGAGCGUAUUAAUUCUGUAAUUUGCCAAUAGCUAUAUGAACCCACAUAAUAUAAUUUGCUUACUACUGCAUCUCCAAUUUGAUACCACUAUCGCCCCAAGUUUAGCGGAGAUACUUGUGUCAAGCUCUUUGAUACAUUUUCCCAAGUUCUUAAAGCCGUCCCUCAUAUCCUUCCCCUACUUCUCAAGCAGUGACUGGUGCAAACAUAAUUGUGCAUCAUGGACAAGAUGGGGGACACUCUUGACCGUCAUGACUUAUGAUGGCCAUGAUUGUCUGCCAUUUUGUCCAACUUCGCAAUCAAGAUUUUGAAAUGGCAGCCAAACUUGGAUUACAGCGCCUUCCAGGCCUGCGCCUGGCUAUCAUGGCUACGGUGCGUGUCGAUAUAGACCUCGCAGCUCAUAGCAUCCAUUGCUAGAUCCUGUCAAUUAUUCCACCCAAUCGAGUCUUGGUCACCCGAGGAAUACUGUCACAUGGGAUAUAAUUGGUUGCCAGCACUAUGCGUAGCAGCUAUAGUGUGGAGUCUGGACGGAUGAAUGGACGUUCAUAACGGGAAG